AUGAAUGGCGAUGAAUAUGUAUAUGAAAUUAUCAACAACGAAAACGAUGCACGUAUUUGUGCUGAACUGAUCGCUGAAGAAUUUUCUACACAUAAUCCUAUUACAAUAUUUGAUAAAAUAACAUCAAAAUGUUUCUUUGAACAUUGUUCAUGGCCAUUAAUCAAAGAUAUGCUUGAUGAACGAUUAUCAUUUCAGGCGAAACAUCGUUCAUCUGGUGAAAUUAUUGGUGCUGUUUUUGCUGGUGAUUUAUACACGUAUCAUCAUAGACAUCCAUAUGAUGGUUGCAGUCCGCCUAGUGUGAUUCCAGUUAGUGAUUUACUCGAUGAAAUGGAUAAUACUUUUAUUUCACAUGAUUUUGGACGAGAAUUAAAACCUAAUUUAGUUGUACAUAUAACAGUAGCUGCAAUUCGUGCACAACAUUCAGGAUUUAAAUAUGCUCUUGUUCAAGUAACAAGUCAAGCAACACGACAUAUUUAUGUAAAUAAAAUGGGUGGAAAAGAAGUGACAACUGUUGAUUCAACAACAUGGAUAUGGAAAAAAAAGAAAAGUGAUCAAUUAUUAUAUCCUUAUAAAGAUUAUAAACAUGGAUCAAUACCGAAUAUCCUUAUUGAACUGAAAUCUAAUUGA